AUGAUUAAACCUUGCGCUGUGUUUUGGGAUAUUCAAAAUAUCGAUGUACCAAAAGGACAAACAGUUGAUUCCAUUGUGGACCUGAUUCGCUCAACUGUAAUUAAACCUUACAAUUUGUAUGAAAUCUCUUUCUUUUGUGUUUAUGAUGCUCAUAAAUCACCUGCAAAUUUUGACCAUUCAUUGACAAAUCUGGAUUUUCUAACUUACAAUGGAGUUAAGGAUUCAGCGGAUAUGAAAAUUAUAGAUUUAAUGCGAAAAUUUGUUAAAGUUGCUGGACAAGAUUGUACAAUUAUACUGUUGAGUGGUGAUGGCGAUUAUUAUGGUACAUUGAUCGAAUUAAAGAAGCUUCAUGAUGUAUCCAUUCAUGUGAUUAAAUUAUCUGCUUCAUGUUCACCUAAACUUGAUCAAAUAUCUGACUACACGUUCAUGUUGGCUAAUGGUGAAUUGAAGCCCGUCAAAGCAACUGCUAAUCCAACAUAUUUCAUAUCAAUAUUGAAUCAAUAUUCUGUAAACAACUUCAAUGAAUUGGCGAAUGAAUUGAAUGCUCUAGCCGUUGGGAGUAUUGGAAACAGUGCCAUUCUUUGCGGUAAUUUAAUUUGCAUAGGAUUUCCUACUUUGGGGAAUGCUGAGCAAGCCAUCGAACAGUUAAAUGAAUCGCAGUUUCAUGAACAAUCCUCGAAGGUUGAAUUUGAUAGUCAACUCAGAUUUAAAUGA